GACACCAGGAGUUGAUAGGGGUCUAUGCCAGGGCAAAUUUCAUGGCGCGCUCGCGGGCUCAUGAUCGCUUCCUGCAUUUCUACGAAUUCUGUAUGGAAAAGCUGCAGGGAAAUCACUCUGAUGAUAUUCGGACGUGGAGGAUGGCAAGACAAGCAACGCGUCCCGAACACAGCUCAACAGAUCCAUCUGAAAGGUCACUGCUUGCAGAAACAACUCCCAAAAUUGAGUAUGCAGUAUCACAGACUGCGAAGAUCAACCGAGAGAAACCACGCGAGUCGAGGUCUUCUGCAUGGCUAUCCAUAGUGAAAUGUCUCUUCGGCGCCUUCCUGUUUGUUUCCGUUUUGAUUUGCCUGGUCGCCAGUAAACUUUCUCUAUUAUCGAUUGCACAUUACCACGGAAACGCUUCAUCUGGCAUCGAAAGAGAAACUUUGUUCAUCAUGAUUGUUGUGCUUCUGAUCAUACCGGAAGCUUACACGCUUUUGAAGGCUUCCUGGAUAAGCCUGUUCUCCAAAACUCACAAGUGGCCAAGCAGGAAAGCUGUUUUUAUGGGUUUGUUUUCUUCUUCACUGGAAGUUUUUGGCCUUUGCUUUUUUGCCAUUGUUGUGCUGCUUGAUCUAAAGAUCCACCCUGGUUUGCGUAUAGUUAUGAUGAAUGGAGUGUUUGUUGUUCCGGUGCUGUGGCAAGUCUUCAGAAGCCGAGGGUGCCAAGCUCAAGGCUCUUGGAGACAAUGUUUUAUAUUCAUCCUUGCACUGAUCCUAGAGUUUGCAGGAAUUGGAAUGCUUACAUACAAGAUGUACAAGGAAAGAGGGGAUACUCCAUUUUGGGGUGUUCCACUGGCUCUCAUAUUGUUAUCAUUUGCAUGGUGCCCAGAGAUAUUUAAGUAUGUGACUAAGCAAGUUAGAAACCCACCAAAUCCUAGUCUGAACGGGCUAACAACUAGUCAGCCAUCGCCAAAUGUUGAAUUAGCUGGGUUGUCUAUUCCUCAAGGUGAAACAAUACUUGGUGUAGCUACCCGCUCGAAAUCUACACGUGGGAAGGCAGCGAUCAUCACCAGCCUGUGGAAGCUUUUUUUGAUUCCAUUUGUAGCAGCUUUGUAUUGUUAUAUAUUUAAUAGAGCAGACUUGAGAGAGUUACAGAAAGGGUUUGACAAUCUCAGUGUUGACAGUGAUGGUUUUGUUCACUUUAUGGUGCAGAUAUGGACAAGCUUUCUUGGGUAUAUGCUGGGCAUCUUGGCUUGUGCGAUUUGCAUGCAACUUCUUGCUUUUGCAGUGCCAAUGAUACUUGCAACACCCAUUUCAGUUGGCCUGACUUUAAUCAGUAACACAUGGGCAGAGGACCAUAUAUUUUUCUUUAAGCAUGGUGAUCCAAGUGAUGUUUUGCUCUAUGUUAUAACUGGAUGUUUCCUGUUAGCACAGUUUUUUUCAGUUGGCUACUAUGUGCUAAAAAAACAAGAAGGUAUAAUGGCAAAGGAAUCAAGUUUGUUUUGGAUGCCAACAUAUAAUGGAUUGUUUCUGGAGCAACAUCUUUUGUUGAAUCGAAGAAAUGAGAUCACAGAUGACUAUCAUGUCAAACUUGGUGAACUGGUGAAGAAUACUUGUGUGUACAUUUGCACCACCAUGUACCAUGAAAAUGAACAAGAAAUGGAACAACUGCUUAAUUCACUGCAUGACAUUGACUGUGCAAGGGAAAAAUCAAGGCGGCAAAUAGAGUCGCAUAUAUUCUUUGAUGGAGCAAUCAAAGGAGAUGUCUUGAAUAACUAUGUUUUGCAGUUAAUUUCACUGAUUCCAAGAGCACUGAAAGUUUCCAUUGAUGUGUGUAUGAAGCUGAAGACACCAUAUGGGAUGCAGAUGCGUUGGAGGCUACCUGGUGGAAUGUAUUUUCACAUCCAUUUAAAGGAUAAUUUAAGGGUAAAGAACAAGAAACGGUGGAGUCAAGUCAUGUACAUGUCAUAUGUGUUAGACUUUAAAGAAAAGCUAAUGGAAGUGACAGAUGAAAACACCUACAUACUAACCACGGAUGCUGACGUCAGGUUUACUCAUGAAUCAGUAGAAGCGCUUCUUGAUCUUAUGAUGAGAGAUCCCAAUGUGGGCGCUGUUUGUGGGAGAACUCAUCCCUUGGGUGUUGGACCGAUUGUUUGGUACCAGAUCUUUGAUUACGCAAUUGGACACUGGUUCCAAAAGGUGGCUAACCAUGUUCUUGGAUCCGUUCUGUGCUCACCGGGUUGUUUCAGUGUUUACAGAGCUGCUGCAAUCAGGGACGUGCUGCCCAUAUACUCCUCCAAAGUUGACACGUCAUUCGAUUUCCUCACCAAAGACAUGGGUGAGGAUCGAUGGCUGUGUACUCUGAUGGUUCAGUCGGGCUGGCGUUUAGACUAUUGUGCUGCAGCUGAAGAUAGUACCUUCUGCCCAGACAACUUUGACGAAUUCUUCAAACAGAGGCGACGAUGGAUUCCCUCCACCUUAGCUAAUCUGGCCCUUGUUAUCAGUCAGUGGAAACUAACUGUAACCAACAACUAUAUUUCAUUUGCGUUUAUUCUUUACCAGGCGUUGAUGGUCUUCUCAACAGUUAUCAGUCCUUCGACGGUUAUUCUGAUCAUGAUGUCAGGGCUGCAGUAUGCAGAAUUUCCAAUUUCAAACCAAACUGCACUACUCGUUCUCUUGAUACUUACCUCAGUUGGUUAUGGUUUGAUUUGCCUCUACACCUCGCAAGACUUCCAGCUGAAAACUGCAUUUAUUUUGACAAUUGUGUUCGCCUUGCUCAUGGCUUAUGUGACCGUGGGCGUGGCCGCACAAGUUGGUGAUGACCUUUACAAACGUUCACAUCCGCCUACUCCAACUCCAACUUCAACUACUUCCCCAGUGACUAAAAAGUCAACCAACGCUUCUCUUUUCCGCUCCCCACUCUCCGCUGAUGCAUGGCAGGACCCUCUUACUCCAAAUCCAAGGCUUGCUGGGAUGCUUAAAAAUGCUACCACAUCAACUAACCCUACCACUGGGGUGCCUGGAUCCCUCGAGCUUCCCGCUGACGUAAGCACUCUGUAUCUGGCUGGCUUUAUUGGAAUAUUCAUAUUAGCUGCCUUGCUGCAUCUUACAGAAGCGUAUUGUCUGGUUCAUGGCUUGUGGUAUUUGCUCUGCCUUCCAUCCGGGUAUCUGCUGCUUAUCAUUUACUCUAUUUGUAACCUCACAGAUCGAUCUUGGGGUACAAGAGAAGAGAAAAGCAAAAAGGUGGACGAUGUUCCUUGGUAUGAGAAGUUGUGGGCAAAGAUCAGAUCCAUUUGCACAUGUUGCGGACCACAACCAGCGCCGCAGCCUGCUGUUACUGACAGGGUAGAUGGGCCUCCAACAGAAUCAGAAACUGCAACUUCUCCAGAGGAGACUUCAGAUUCGGACAGUGGCUUGCAAGGUUCUGGAGACAAUGCCGCUGCCCCAUCCGUUCAGGAAGUUUCUGACAACGGGUCAGAUGGUGCAUCAGCUUCCUCUUUAGUACACGGUAAACAUGUGGAUGAACCGCCUCCGAGGUCAGCCAUGAAGCAGCCGAUAGUGCGUCGGACUUCAACACCUCGCGAUGGCCUAAAAGAGGACAGCGGUCGCCUAGGGAAAUGGCGCUAUCCGGGUGACAAAAAAGUCACAUUCGCUGCCAAGCUUCCACGGAUGCACCCUGAGACUCUUGUGGAGGACUGGCUUCAAAAAGAAUUUCAGAUUUACGUCCAAAACUUCAGAGACGGUGGUUAUGACAGCGUUAGUUUCAUCGUUGGUAUGACUGACAAGCAUUUGAAAGCCAUCGGAAUUGAGAAACGUGGUCACCGGAAGAGGUUGUUGAUGGAAAUUGAAAAACUACCCCAAAUGGAUAUUCCUCAAGAAGUUCCGGAAAAUGUCGAGGACUGGUUAACUGACCUAGGACUUGAUGAAUACUGGACUAACUUUACUCAGAGUGGCUACACGGAACCUAGAAUGUUAGAAGAUCUAAAAAUUAUGAACAAGGAAACGCUUAAAGAGACCUUCGGAAUCAACAAAUCGGGUCAUCUUGAUAAGCUCUACAAGGCGAUCCAGAAAGUCCAGUACCCGAGUGAAGCUCAGAGACGAAUUCGUUUAACUCGUGAAGAAACAAACAAGUUGCAUGUCAUGGAUUUAAAAGUGGACAAUCAGGAUGGUGGACAUGAAUUCUUUUUUUGGGAAGGUCUGCGCCAACUUUGUCUCUUACCUGAAUCAGCAGUUUUUGGGGCCGUCGAGGAACUCAAAGAGAAGCUUGAAGAUCUCCGUAAUUACACUCUGAUGGUUUUUUUCAUCGCAAACAUGAUUUGGAUUAUUUUGAUCAUUACUCUAAUGAGACAGACUAGACUGCAGGUCUUGGGAACCAACGUGCUGGGUCUUGCGUUUCUCUGUAUUUACGGGUUAAUUAUCGUGAUUCAGUUCCUAACCCUACUUUGGCACCGAGUCGAGACGUUUUUCCAUGUGAUUGCGCGCACACCGUGGAGGCGUGGUCAGCUGCAUAUGUCGUGGGCAUUUGAUGAUGAGAAUCUGCCACCUCCUCCCACUGACAGUGACUUGGAUCAAGUUCGUAGACAUGCGCGAAGACCUCGCAGACGUCGCAGCCGUCGGUCUCCUAACCAGACAAGUGUAUCAACUGAUGAAAGAGAGAGCCUCCUGUCAGAUGGUAGACCGCCUUCGAGUUACGGCUCGAGGGAACGAGAUAUACCCCACCUGGUUUAGCGCCUGCACUGAAUUGAACAUCAAAGAGCUACAUAAAAAUUUGAAGCAGUACAGGCGGUGGUGAAAGUUUUAUAUUUGGGCCAACAGACCAAGUUAGAGUUGAACUGGGCUGUAAGUCGUGAAUCUUGCACUAGGAGCGACAAAUUGUGCUCACGAAAAUGAGGCUUUCCUCGUGAUGCAGUUUUAUUUGAAUUAAUUUUGAUAUACUUCGAUCAGUGGAACUGAUUCAAAGGUUAAUUGUAGUUGGCUGUUGUUUAUCAAAGUUUUUUUUCUUUAAUCAGGGCGAUUUCCUCUGGAAAUGCAAACAUACCUUUUACCGCUUUUUUCAAUAUGUGCAAAAUUUAUAAUUGACCCAAACAACUGCACCAGAUUCAAUUCAUUGAUUCAAUAGUGCCCCAGUAAAGAAAAGGAGAAACGUUUAGAGGAGAGAAUCAUUUUAAAAUACAGAAAUUAAAUGACAAUUCCAUGACAAUUUGAAAUGUUUUAUUUGUGAGACAGCACGAGAAAAUUCAAUUUUCUUUUAAAACGUCGAUUUCAAUUUAUAAAUCGCAAUUAUUGAAACGUAACUUUUUACUCUGAAAUAUUAUUCUUAAGAAAUCAUCUUUGUAGAAUUUUUACCACUGGUAUUUGUAAUUCAAUUAUAAGACCUCCUUUGACAAGGCUGAGAGGCAAUUAGCGGUACACUAGUCAAAUUUGCGCUUAUUUUGCGGUUAUUUUAAUAGAAGUGUUUAUUUUGUAGACAUGUGAAGUAUAGUCAUUGUUUAACUUGAAUGCAAACCAUCACGUAAAGAUUUAAUCAGAGAUAGGGUAUUCUUGAGCUUCUAUAGAGAAGAGGUUAAGUCGUUAAUUUUACUUGUUAAAAUUCUCCAAAAUUGAUUGUUUGUAGAAUUUCACGUCAAGGAUGUGUUAUUCUUCACAAACACUUUGUUAGUCGUUUCAAUUAUCUCAUAUUCAGACUAUUUUGACAUUAAAUGGUGCAAACCAAAGAAA